GAAUAGCUUGACGUCUUUUGGUAGUUUUAUCAAUUUGUAAGUCAGCGUGAUUGAAGUAAAUAAAUAUUUGUAUAUAUUAGAAUUAUAAUGGCCGAAGAUGAAGUGGAAGAUGUGAAAGAGUUAUCCGUUGAAGCUAUUAUUGGAUUUGAUGGUGGGAACACUAAUAGUCUUGUCACGCAUCCAGAUGGAAAACACAUUGUAUACGCUCUUGGAAACAAAGUGGCCAUCAUGGAAUGGGCUACGAAAAAACAACAAUUUUUGGUCGGUCAUACAAAUAUUGUAUCGUGUGUAGCAUUAUCUCGAUCAGGAAAAUUUAUUGCCAGUGGACAAAUUAAUCAUAUUGGAUUUAGGGCAAAAAUGAUUGUAUGGGACUUUGAAAAAAAGGAAAUAUUAUCUGAGCAUGAACACCAUAAGGUUCGAGUAGAAGCCCUUGUUUUCUCUAGUAACGAUAAAUAUGUUAUUAGUUUAGGUGGAAGAGAUUGUGGAUCGGCUGUUGUUUGGGAUACAGAAGCUCAUCAAGUUAUUUGUGGCAACCAGGUUGCCAAAGGAGUGGCUGGCGAAGUGUCUUUUGUUAAUUCGAUGACUACAAGAGCUCCAUGUUUUCUUACUGUGGGAGAUAAUCAUUUGGCUGUUUGGGUUAUCAAUCACAAAGCGAGGAGUAUGGUCGAAUUCAAUCUGAAAAUGACGAAACUUAAAAGAUAUAUUUUAUGUGCCGAAAUAAACGAAAGAGAUGAGGUUUGCUUCUGUGGUACUACUACUGGAGAUGUAUUAAAAGUUAGAUUAUAUUUCCACAAUGAUAUAGACAUACUAGAACCAACUAAACAACCAUCUAUUAUUGGUUGUUUUGCGAAAAUAUCAAAAAAGAAAUUGCCACGUGGAGUAGUGGAUUUAUACCAAAAUGGUAUUAGAGCUAUUAAAUUACUUGUUGGUGGUAAAUUAGUUAUUGGAGAUGGAGACGGAAAUAUUGAAUUGGUUGAGGAGUUUAUUAAACCCAAUCAUAAAUUCGAUGUAAAUAUCAAAAUGCCAUCGAUACCGGCUUUAAAAGUUCACAAAGCUACUCACGUUAAUUCUGCAGUAUCAGCGAUUCAGUUAAUGGACGAAGAAAAUAUUUUGGUUGGCACUCAUAAUUCUGAAAUUUUUACCAUCAACCUUACAGAAUUUAAGGCCAGAUUGGUUGUAACCUGCCAUACUUCCACUAUACACGAUAUAGCCUUCCCACAAAAUUAUUCCGAAGUUUUUGCUACGGCAGGAAGCCAUGACAUCCGCGUUUGGUCUAUGAGGACAAUGCAAGAGUUUCUACGUAUCAGAGUACAAAAUUUUACGUGUUCUAGCGUCGUAUUUUCGUACGAUGGAAAAUCUAUUUUAUCAGGUUGGAGUGAUGGUGUUAUUCGCUCAUUUACCCCGCUAACUGGAAGACUGAUUUUUGCCAUCUUAAACGCCCACAACAAAGGUGUAUCAGCGUUGACUACGACGUCGCAUGGAAAAACGUUGAUUAGCGGUGGUUGCGAAGGACAAGUUCGGUUAUGGGAAAUCUCACCGUUUAAGCAACAAUUAACUUGUACGUUGAAAGAACAUAAAGGUCCUGUAUCAGCUAUUGAUGUGAACAAGUUUGAUAAUGAAGCUGCCAGUGCCAGUACAGACGGUACAGUUAUUAUAUGGGAUUUACAAAGACAACGUAGAAGACAAAUCUUAUUUGCCAAUACUCUGUUUAUGUGUGUUAGGUAUUUUCCAAGCGGAGUACAAAUAUUGACAGGUGGAUCGGAUAGAAAACUUUCUUAUUGGGAAGUAUUAGAUGGAAGUCUUGUAAGAGAAUUGGAAGGAUCUCCAACGGGUACCAUAAAUACGUUAGAUAUAUCUCCGGAUGGUGAAUAUUUCGUAAGCGGUGGUAAUGAUCAAAUAAUCAAACUUUGGACAUAUCAAGAAGGAAUUACUACCCACAUUGGCGUUGGCCAUACCGGCGUAAUAACAGCUUCAUGUUUCAGCGCCGACGGAAAAUACUUAGUUACAUGUGACGCAUCUGGAUGUAUAUUUAUAUGGAAUAUGCCGCUAAAACUAGGAAAAGUUAUUUCGGACGAUAAAGUUUCAGUCACUAAAAAAAUUACUACUCCCUCUAGACGAUCAGUAAAAGGCGAAGAAGACAUACGGGAUCUUCCAAGUGUACGCAGCAGCAAGAGUAAUGGAUCGCAUAGGGUUAUAUGUGAAUGCGAUAAGGAAUCUAAGCCGAGUUCCAGAUGUAGUGGAAUUUCUUUGGUCAGCUGCAGAUAAUAUUUUUUAGUACCUCUUUUGUAUUCAUUUCUAUUUUCAUCAAAUAUACAAUUUUUUUAAGAAAA